GACUAAAACCACAGUUCCAAAGACACUCGAAAUACAAGCUAUGUUGUAUAUGUUUGCUGUGGGUUUUGUGGGGCUUUAGAAGCACAUUUUGUGCGGGUUCAUUUGUUACACCUUUUAAAUAUGUAAACCAGAAACGUUUGUUACACGUGGGUCAGAACAAAGACGCGACACAGGGUUUAAACAGCGCAAGCGUUUAUUAACUUUUCAUUGUAAACAACAGUAAUGUUAAGAUUCUUUGUGCGCACAAUUUAACAUCUGAAUCCUUUUCAUGCUGAAGUUUAGUUAACAUCAUGGUUAGCCCAAAUGUUUGUUGAUACUUACCUGUCGUUGUCUUCCGUGGGCAGGACCAAACCAGACUGAAGGUCUGGGAGCUCUUUUCACUGCGUCUCCGCGAUGCGCGGGAAAAUGAUAAUUAGUCCGGAGAGAAUGUAGUUUUAAAAUCUUACGUAAGUGUUUAUUAAAGUAUUUGACGUCAGCACAUUGUUAUGAUAUUUGUAUACAUGUGUGGAAAAUGUUUAGAGCUGUUAAAAUCUGUCUAGAUGCGUUGAUUGAUUUUAAUUGUGUCACGACUGUGAGAGAGUCUUUUAAAUACGCGCAGCUCGGCUCAUUCGGGAGAUGGCCGCUGCACUGAGAAGACACACGUCUUGAGCUCUGUGCAUUCAUGGUGGCGCAGCAGAAGCAAGAGGAGCGGGCAUUGGAAGACCAAGCACGGCAAGAGCAACGCUGGAGAGGUAUCGUGCACCAAUUCAGCAUGCUCCAGGAUGAAGUGCGGCAGGAGAGAUGGGAGCUCGGCCGGGGCCGGGGAAGGUCCAGACUGAGGGCAGAGCAACAUGACGUCUCAAGGUCAGCACCAGUGUCGACAGCGGUCAGUCCAUCACACGUCACACAGAUGGGAGCACAGGCAGAGCUACAGAGGUGGGCAUCAGAAGACCAAGGAGAAGAGACCAUGCCAGCAGCGGCAGGUCCAGGCCCUCCAGUGCGGCAAGCAGCAGCAAUCUCAGGUGCAGCGGCGGCGACGAUGACUGCAGGCCCAGUAGCAGUUUCGGGUUCAGCAGCGAUGGGGGUCCAAGCGGCGGCGGUGUCGGCAGCAGGCCCAGGUGCGUUGGCGGUUCCAGUUCCAGCGGCGAUGGGGGUCCAAGCGGCGGCGGUGACGGCAGCAGGCCCUGGUGCGUUGGCGGUUCCAGUUCCAGCAGCGAUGGGGGUCCAAGCGGCGGCGGUGACGGCAGCGGUCCCAGGCGCGGGGGCGGUUCCAGGUCCAGCGGCGACGGGGGUCCAAGUCACAGGCUGGAAAGGGCCGAAAAUGCAAAAAUACUCGGAUGAUGAGGACAUUGAACAUUUUCUUACAACUUUCGAACGCAUUGCUACGGCUAGUUGGUGUCCCAAAACACAAUGGGCACUGCAUCUAGUCCCACUACUUACCGGCAAAGCAAGAGCGGCAUACAUUGCCAUGGACUUCACAGACUCAAUGGACUACGACAAGGUCAAGGCAGUUAUCCUUGAAAAAUAUGAAAUCAACCCAGAGACAUACAGGCAGCGAUUCCGGUCGACGCAGAUGUUACCUGGUGAGUCACCCAAAGAGCUCUUCACCAGACUGCGCGAGCUGUAUGAGAAGUGGACACAGCCACAGACCCACACCAAAGAGGAAAUCAACGACAUGCUCGUCCUAGAGCAGUUCCUGAGAAUGGUGAACAGCGACGUCCGGCUGUGGAUCAAAGAACACAACCCCAAGACGGCGAAGGAGGCGGUGGUGCUCGCGGAGUCCUUCAUGGCGGCACGGCGCGGCGCAAGACCACACCAGAUGGCCGGGGGAAGAGACGACACAGCUGGGCGGCCCGGUAAGUCUGAGGGUGGUUGGCAUGGUGGUUCCACUGUUAAAAGCCCUAGACCUGUUAGCGCUGAUGUCAAAUGUUUUUACUGUGGUGAGGUAGGGCAUAUAAAAUCCAAGUGUCCCCACAGAAAACCCAAAGUAUCUGCUGUAUCCGUUGUCCCUAGUACUAGUGGGGGGGAAGCCACACUAGAGGAGGGGGAGGCCAUGACAGUAGUGCGGGUGGAUGGGAAGCAGGUGCAGGCCCUGAUUGAUACUGGCAGCAGCCAAACCAUUGUACGUUCCGACCUAGUAUCCCAACACAGUGCACCCAAAGAAAGGAAGUUGCUUAUCCGUUGUGUUCACGGUGACGAACGGUCGUACCCGACUGCUGAAGUUUACCUAGAGGUGGAUAAUGUUUUAUACCUGGUUACUGUGGCAGUGGCAGACAAACUUCCAUACCCAGUAGUUUUGGGCAGAGAUAUCCCGGAUCUGGUGGCACUAGCUGAUGGCCAUAGUUGUAACAUGGUAAUGACACGUUCACAAAAGAAAGAUAAAGACAACACAUGGAAUUUGUUACCAUACCCUGACGUGAAACGCAAGACAAGAAGUGAGAAAAGAAAAGAGAAAUUUAAAGGCACUAAACUGACUGAAAGUGAUCCACACCCUGAGCUGGAUGGGGAGGUGAAUGUUGCCAUUCCCUCUGAUAUAAUCCAGGCCCAAAGAUCUGACCAAUCCCUGCAAAACUGUUAUUCAGGCUUGGUUGCUGAUGAAAAUGGGGAUGCACUUGGCCCCAAAUUUAAGCUGAAGGCGGGUAUUUUGUAUAGACAUGGGGAGGAAGGUGAACAGCUGGUGCUACCAAAUUCUCUGAGAGAAACGGUCAUGGAAGUUGGUCAUGCUAGUGCAUGGGCCGGUCAUUUAGGCCAAAACAAAACUUGGGACAGAAUUGUGCAACGCUUUUAUUGGCCCAACAUGUAUGCUGAAGUGAUCAAUUUCUGUAAAAAGUGUGAGCAGUGUCAGCUGACAGCCCCAAACAGGAAGGGAGCUAGAGUUCCACUAGUCCCUAUGCCGAUCAUCGAUGUCCCAUUCAGCAGAGUUGCCAUGGAUAUAGUUGGCCCACUAGAGCGUAGUCGCAAAGGCAACAGAUACAUCUUGGUCAUUGCUGACUAUGCUACUAGGUAUCCGGAAGCAUUCCCUUUGCGCAACAUUAAGGCACGGCAGGUAGCAAAUGCAUUCCUUCAGUUGGUCACACGGGUGGGAAUACCGAGGGAGGUGCUCACAGACCAGGGGUCAAAUUUCACAUCUACCCUCAUGAAAGACGUGUACAAAUACUUAGGUAUAAAGGGCAUUAAAACCACGCCAUACCACCCUCAGACUGACGGGCUUGUUGAGCGCUUCAACAAGACCCUUAAGAGUAUGCUCCGCAAGUUUGUGUCAGAGUCAGGGUCUGACUGGGAUGACUGGCUGCCUUACCUCUUAUUUGCCUACAGAGAAGUGCCACAAUCAUCGACAGGUUUCUCACCUUUUGAACUCCUGUAUGGUCGCAAAGUGAGAGGUCCACUCGACGUCCUGAAGGAGGCAUGGGAGGGAGAGGAGCCAGCGAAGAAGAUGAGCGUACUGUCCUACGUCCUAAAGAUGCAAGACCACAUGCAGCGGCUGACUGAGAUGGUGCAGGAGAACAUGAAGUCUGCCCAGGCCAAGCAGCGAAAGUGGUACGAUGCAUCGGCCAGAGAGCGGUCCCUCCAGCCAGGUCAGCAAGUGUUGGUGCUGCUUCCCACUUCAGAGAGCAGCCUCCUUGCAAAGUGGCAGGGGCCAUACGUCGUCAAGCAGAAGACGGGCAAAGUUACAUACGAGAUCAUCACACCAGACAAGAAGAAACCCUCACAGAUCUUCCACAUCAACAUGCUGCGGGAGUGGCAUGAGAAGGAGCAGCCGGUCAACUGCCUGUUUGCUAAAGCGGUGGAGGAGGAGGAAGAGGCAGAGGAGCAGUACUUCCCGGUGCAGCGGGAGGGAGCUGGAAACAUCGACCUGAGCCACCUCUCCGAGACCCAGCAGCAGCAGCUGAGAGCCGGUGUACCAGAGGGGGUGUUCCAAGGCACUCCUGGCAAGACAAGUCUGGUGCAGCACAACAUCAAGCUGAAGGCGCCUGGUCCAGUGCGUCUUCCAUGCUACCGCAUCCCGGCGCAGCUUCUUCCCAAGAUCCGGGAGGAGAUUGACGGCAUGCUGGAGAUGGGCAUCAUCGAGCCGUCUUCAAGUGAGUGGUCGAGUCCGGUGGUGCUUGUACCCAAGAAAGAUGGGUCCUUGCGUUUCUGUAUGGACUUUAGAAAGGUAAACGCAAUCUCUUCUUUUGAUCCAUACCCUAUGCCUAGAAUCGAUGACUUGAUUGAUAGACUGGGCAGUGCCAAGUACCUGACCACCCUUGACCUCAGUAAGGGUUAUUGGCAGGUACCCAUGUCCAAUGACUGUAAACAUUUGACUGCUUUUAAAACUCCAUUUGGAUUUUAUCAGUUCUGCUACAUGCCCUUCGGACUGCAGGGGGCGCCAGCAACUUUUCAGCGUCUCAUGGACCAGGUGUUGAAGGGGGCGGAGACGUACUCGGCGGCAUAUUUGGAUGAUGUCGUCAUUCAUAGCCGCUCCUUCGACGAACACCUGGUUCAUGUGAAGGAGGUGCUGAGGCGGCUGAAGGAGGCCGGUCUGACUGUCAACUCCCAAAAGUGUGCGGUGGCUCAGAAGGAGGUCCAGUACUUGGGUCACGUCAUCGGCGGGGGGUUGGUAAAGCCACAGGUGGGGAAGGUCAGCGCCAUCCUGGAGACUCCGGUGCCGACCACCAAGCGUCAAGUCCGCUCCUUCCUGGGGGUGGUGGGUUGGUACCGGCGCUUCGUCCCACACUUCUCCACCAGGGCUGCUCCACUGAUCGAGCUGACUCGGAAGUCGGCUCCCAACAGAGUGGUCUGGACAGAGCAGUGUUCUCGGGCCUUUGAGGACCUGCGCACCUGUCUGACCACAGAUCCCAUCCUGCAAAGUCCUGACUUCUCUCAGCCGUUCCUGGUGCAGACGGAUGCAUCUGGCACCGGGCUGGGGGCAGUGUUGCUCCAGGGUCCACCUGGGGAGCAAAGGCCGGUGGUCUACUUGAGCAGAAAGUUGUUUCCACGGGAGUCAAGAUACUCCACUGUGGAAAAAGAGGGGCUCGCCAUCAAGUGGGCCUUAGACUCGCUUAAGUAUUACCUCAUGGACAAAGACUUUGUGUUGGAAACAGACCAUCGGGCCCUUCAGUGGCUUGACAAAAUGAAGGACACAAAUUCCAGAGUGACGAGGUGGUAUUUGUCACUCCAGCCAUUUCGGUUCACAAUCAAGUACCGUCCUGGCCCUGAGAAUGUUGUGGGCGAUUACCUGUCCCGAGUGCACGAGGAAGACGUCCACUCUUGA